AUGGAACAUACAGAUUGGCUACCCGAAUACGGAGAUUUUGAAAAGACUUUUACACAUGACCCGAGAAUAACCCAAGAAAAUGUUGAUAUGAACAGUACACACUUACCUCCUGCAUACACUGCUCAUCCUGAUCUCUAUCCUUAUACUCGAGACAAUUCUUAUGAUCAACAGAAUUCUUACACUCACAUUCAUUCUCAUCCUCAAGACAAUUUUCAUACUCAAGACAAUUCCGAUUCAGCUCAUGAACAUAAAUCGCAACCAGAGAACUUGCAACCAGAAGGUGAACGUGCACGCGCACUCAGUACAGCAUCCAAUAACUCUGACCGCAAUUACACACUGAAUGAAAAUGGCUCUAGAGGACUAAUUGGUGAUUGGCUUGCAAGAAGAAUUACUAUAGUGGUGCUAGAUAGACUAGCCGGAGAAGUUGUAGUAACAGAAGAAGAGACACAAAGAAUAACACAGACAUGGUAUGGAGAAAGAAUAGAAACAACAACAACAAGAGAAACACGAGUAAACGCAACCGUAGACACAUAUUUAUAUUUUGCUUUCGUCAAGAAAGAAUCUAACGGUGACGUAAGAAAGAUUAUAUACAAUCCCCCCUACUUUACUUUCACUCUCAAUUUUGGUAAAGAUCGGCUGCACAUUCAUCUUCCAAUAAUGGUGGCCAACUUUGGAAACAAAAAAGUGAAAAGAGCUACAAUAAUCUUCUUAAUCCUCCUAGUGAUUGUUGCAAGCGCUUUUAUAUUUCUGUUCAGAGAGAAUAUGGAGAUGGGUGUUUCGGUUUAA